GCCACAGAAAAAAGUGUGCAGAGGACGCGAGUGUUUCGCUUCAGUUUACACACAUAGUUUACUCACUAGCCCCAGCCACAGCCAUGAAGCUCGACUCGAAGAUUAGAGUGCCCAAGUAUGUUUCGGAUGCAUUCGACAAUGUCGAGUAUGAGCUGCAAAUGAGCUAUACCCUGGAGACAGAUCGUCGCAUCAUGAGCUUUUAUGAUGCCAUGUGGGGCAUGGAGGUAACCGGUGGCAUUGAUCAGUUCGAGCCGCUGACCAUUGUUAAUGUUUCACCAACGGGGCUCGCAAAACGCGGCGGCAUGCGCAUUGGCGAUGAGAUUACACAAAUCAACGAUGUGCCCGCGCUGGAGUUGACCUUCAAUGAGGCGCUGCAGCUAUUUCGCAAAUCCUCACGCUAUGUGCGUGUGUUUGUGCGUGGCGACGAUGAUGCGCCCGGUGAGGAGGACUGGACUUGCGACUGCUGGUUCAAGCCUAGAAAGCCUUGGCGUCGCGACUUUACGCCCAUACAGUGGACAUUCCCCUGGAACGAUCGUCGCAAGCCGGUGUACAAGGAGUCCAACUGCUUUAUGGUGCCCAGCAAAAUGGAGGAGAAGAUACGCGCGCGUCGCGCGGCCACCUCAGCAGUGCACAAAAAGGAGGAGGGCACGCCCAAGACGCGUUCGCUAACACCAACGCCCAGACCCAAGAACCAGCCAGGCCCCAAUCUGUUGGAGAGUGUGCUGCGUCCACGCGGUCCACCGCCCAGGGACUAAAGCAAACACAUAUAAUAUAUAUUGAUUACAAUUGUAUGUGGCAUAUGUGGCAUGUGGCAAAGACCAAUGAGUGUGCCCUGCAGCGCCCAAUGCGGCAAAGUGCAGGCAAAGCGUUGGCGCACUACAGUAGACGCUCGUUAAGACAAACUGCAAACAGUUUGCAAGCGUAGUGCUGUGCUAAGCAAAGUGCUAAGAGCAUAAUAUAAUAUAAUGUAUAUAAAAUAAAAUGUACUUAAGCAAAA